ACGAGUCCUGUUUUACAAAGGACGGUUAUUUUAAUAGCCGUAAUGCCGGCCACAGACUAUCAGGUACACCUGACAGCCUGUCAGGCGACCUGACAACUGAUGAGAAUUCGAUCAGUUCUGCUUGACAGGCGAGUAGACUUGACGUGUGUGUGGCGGUGUAACCUGAACAGGUAGAUACUGAAAAAUGUCGCAACGGAAUAAUGAAGUUCUUGGUGAUCUUAUUGAAAUUUAUAAGAGUGAACCUUGCUUGUGGAAAGUGAAAGAUAAUGACUAUCGCAAUAGAGACCAGAGAGAUGCUGCAUACAGAAAAUUAGUAAACAAAUUGAAGGAAAUAGAGCCUGAUGCAAACGAGACCUUGGUUAAAAAAAAAUCAACAGUUUGAGAUCCAAUGUUCGAAAGGAGCAGAAGAAAAUUGACUCCUCAAUGAAAUCUGGCGCCUCAGCAGAUAAUGUAUACAAACCUUCUCUUUGGUACUUCGAACUUUUUGAUUUCAUAAAGGACCAAGAUAAUCCUAGAUCAUCGGUCUCAAAUUUAUCUCCUGAAAGGGACAAUGAUGAGGUGAACAUUGAUGACCCAUCAUCUCCAGAGGAAAACCAAUUGACACCCACUGUCUGUCAAGAAGAGCGGCGGGAAUCGAAUCAACCUGCGGCGUCGGCUGGGAUUUCACGACCUGGGCCCAGUAUAAAGAGGAAAUCUAAUGAUGAUGUAUCAGCUGAGAUAUUGUCUACUGUUCGCGAUCAUAUCAAACGACCGCAACCACAAAUCGACUGUUGCGAGCUCUUGAGGCGAACAGUAGGUAUAAAAAUGAGGGGCAUAAAAUAUAAACGCCUGCACAUCAUGUUCGAAAAAAAAAUUAACGACAUAUUAUAUGAAGCAGAAAUGUGCGCUAUUAACUACCCAAAUUCCACUUUCACAAGUCCACAACAUUACACACCAUCUCCCACACUAAGUCCACAACAUUACACACCAUCUACCACACCAAGUCCACAACAUUACACACCAUCUCCCACACCAAGUCCACAAUAUCACGCACCAUUCACACAACAAGAACAAAACCCAACUUCUCACAACAAUACAGAAACAGCAUCAAGUUUUUUGUCAAAUUUCACUGAAACUUUUGAAUGAGUAAAUGUGAAAAUAAAAAGUUUGUUUAAAUAUAUUAAAAGUUUACUUUCCACUUUUUCCUUUCUUAUUAUUAUUAAAAUAGUGUCUUAUUGUUAAACAUACUAUUUGAUAGUUUA